UCGGAAUGUUAUCUUAAUCUUAAUAGUUUAUCAAUUUUUUAAUUUACCCGGUAGUUUGUGAUACAGAUUGUUAAUCUGAAAAUGGCAGGAGACAGCCAUAAGAAAACGUUUUUAAUUUUGACAGUGUUUAUAAGUAUAACUGCUGUUGCACUGACCGUAGCAGCAUUUUCAACAGACAACUGGGUGAAAUUUACAGGCAGUAAAUCCAAUAAUACAGGAUGCGAUAAAAAUAAAACGGAUGGUGAUUGUACAACUAAUGGAAGGUUUGGUCUGUUUAGAGGUGAUAAUGAAAUAAAUUAUAACCUUGGAAAUAGGGACAGAAUAAGUAAAGUAAUUUGUACCAAUGGUUGGUGUUCAUACUACAAUGUGAGGACAGAUCUAGGAGAAACAUUUGAUACAGACAUGACAGAGGCAGGGAUUAAAUAUAUUAAAAAUAUUUCCAGUGUAUAUACUCAAACCAAAGAUAAAGGAGUAGAUGUACAUGACUGGGAGUAUGGACUGUUUGGAUUUGGUUAUUGGGUUACCAUUUUGGUGAUGCUAUCUUUAGGAAUAGUUUGGGGACUGGUUACCAUUAGUUUUACAGUUUUCAACAUCUUUGGUAAACCUAUAGAGACAAUAACAGGUCCGCUAGGAUUAUAUCUGUGGAACUUAUUAGGUUUGAUAUUUAUGUUAAUUGGAGUAAUCUUGUUUGCUGUGCUGUUCCAAACCAACUUUGCAGAAAAUGUUUUACCGCAGAACGACUACCAGUACCAUACGUUCCGGACCAAAGCAUCUCUGGACUAUUCAUUUUACUUUACUGUGGGAUCGUUAGUAGGUUUCCUAUUGAACUUACUCCUACUAAUGUUUUCUGGAUACAGUAUGAGGUGUGCCUGUACACAGGAGGCUAAUAAGGGAAUAGACAAUGGCAUUAUAUUGUACUAAAUGUUAGAAUGAACUGCCAUGCUUUAUAGAUAAUGCCUUGUUACAGAAAAAAAAACAUACUUGAAAAGUCAUUCUCAUGCAGGUAGCAUUGUUUUCAAAAUUACUUUUAAGUCCAUAAAUGAAGGCUUUUAAAACCCUGUUGUUAAAAAAUGAUACGAGUACAUGUUUACCGAUUUUCAUCUCUGUCUGUCUUUUGCAGCCAUUGCUUAUUAACUUCCUGUUUAUCAAAUUCUCAUAUUUUCAGACUUAUCUUGAAAUCUUGUUGUUUACCAAAUAGUUAUAACAGUGGUAUCAUCAAGGAUCAAUAGUUCAAUGUUACCUUUUUGGGGGGUAUUUCCAAAAAUUUAGAAAAUAAAACCCAGAUGUUCAAAAAAAUUUAUAACUGACUUUUCAAGUAUAAAUAUGAUAAAUAUGAUAAUCAGUUUUGCCUUCAUUCAAUGCAAGAAAUGCCGGCUGCUGUUUUGUGAUGAAAUGAAUUAUGCAUAGAGGUGCAUUUUGUACAAAUUUUGGACAAGGAAAUCUUAUAUAUUCAAUAAGAAAUGACAGGAUACUGUGAUGUCAACUUCUUUCACAAAAUUAAACAGAGGUUUUAACAUGUGGUUAUACUUUUACAUGUAUAAAUAUUCAAUGCUUGCUAUUCUUUAAAGAUUAUAUUAAGGUAAUAAGGGGCACAAUGACAUUUGGUGUUUAGUGAUGAUUCACUGUAUAUUUAAAAACCCCCAAAAUUAAAAAAAAAUUCGCAGGAUAACAGAAUUGAUAUAAUGUUUCGACAACAAAAAACAUAUGUUUGUUUUCACAAGAUGUCAUUGGACUAGAUUAUACAAAAACUACAAUCACUAAUUGCAUGACCAAUUGUGAAAAAUAAGGUUGCAUUUGUGCCUUUUUGUAAAGUUUGUACAAGAAUUAUGAAAAAUGAAUGUUAUUCUAUAUGCAAAAAAUUGUCUGUUAAUUUUUUUUUGCUUGAGAAAAACUUCCAGUUUUGCAAUUUUAUUUUGAAGAAGAUUAAAAUAAUAAAGUAGACAAGACAUUUUAAAUGAUUGUUUUUUAAAUUGUCUGUUUUGAUGAUCUAGUGAUGGCUUUGUUUGUAAAGUAUAUGUGUGUCCUAACAUAUAGAUCUGCAUCAUGCAUCUAAUGAUAUUGAUAAAACUUUGGAAUUAGAUAAAUAUUUGUUGCAAAUUUUAUAACAGUGAAAGGCUGAAUCAUUAUUUUCCAUACUAUUCAUUAACACUUCUAUUUUAUCCAGAUUAUUUCCUACGCAAAUUAUGAAAUAGGGCAGAUGUUCUAAUGAUUCAAAAUGAAUCAUAUUUCAAAAUUUAUAUAUAAGACUUAAGACAAAAUUGAAUCAAGGCAUACAUAACUAUUGAUCCUCUAUGGAAUCUUUGGGGGCCAGUAGUGAAUUAUAUAACCAAUUUAUCACAGGACAUUUUCAGCCAAGUUUGUAUAAAUUCAACAAAGAAAAUACCAUUACAAAUGACAGCAUUAAACUAAUUAUUUAAGUUUUUAGCUAAAAUAGUUAUUACUUAAUUUACAUUGUAAGUUUCCAAUUAUUAAUUAAACAGCAUUAUAAAUUAUUAUUUGUUAGAAAUUGUUCAUUAGUUUGUUAUGUAAGUGUUUUAAACAUUUAAUGGUUGUUACUGUUGUAAAAGUAAAUUCCCACCUUUUAUUUUUAAAUCAAAAAACACUUAUUUUAUAUUUUCCUGUAGACUUGAUAUCACAUUUUUCUAACAAAAAUGAAAUAAACUAAGAUUUUUUUAUGUUGCCUUUAUUAAACACAUUUCAAUGCACUGUUUUACAUUCUUACAUAUGCCAAAAAUUUUGUUUUUAUUUACAAUUCAAAGAAUUUAUGAUUUGGUCAGGGGAGAUAAUAAUUUGCAAAAAUGUGUUAGAUCCAAGGGGAGAUAAUUGAAGUGAAUGUAAGGUCGAACAAAAAAGGAUGUGUGUUUACUGUCACAUGCUGAAAAGAAAUUAGAUAGUUUUUUUAAUUUAAUUAAUUUUUUUACAUUGAGUAUAUGGGAGCAAUAUUAUGACUUUAACAGUGCUUAAUCAAAAAUAGCC